AUGUUUGUUCAUCAUCGUUCAUCAUUUUCACACUUACACACAAACUUCCGCCUUCAUAUUAUUAGUGUGAUUAUGUAUGGUUUUUUUUAUAAAAUGUUAAAGAAAAUAUAUUAACCAUAUCUAGUUGUUCUAAACUUAUUAAUCAAAUUAAUUUUCAUUAAUUUAAGAACAAGUUAAUUAUAAUUAUUAUUAGGUGUGAAAUGACUAGUGAUUUUUACCCUCAUUUUAAAUUUGCUUGUUUGUAAACAGUAUUCAUCAAGAAAGGCUGUAGUAUAGGUAGGUAAUUAGGUAUAUGUCGUCAAGCCAAGAUAUUUUGGUACGGCGGUUUUUUGAAAUCCUCGUGUAUAAACGGUCAACUGUUUUUUAUUUAAUAUCUUUAAGUAACAUAGGUUAAAUCACACAUCAAUCAAUUUCUGAAAAGUUCAUUAAUAUAAAACGAAGUAUCGAACUCGGCAUCGAACAUAGUCGGCAUACAUGGCUAUUAUUGUAAUGUUUACCAUUUUCUGUUACCAUGAUAACGCUCAUAAAUAAAGAAGAAUAUACGUUAAAACUAGAUACUUUAGUGGGUAGUGACCGUAGUGGUUGUUUGUUAUUUAGUAGUAAAACUAAUUACGUUAUAUUUUAAACUAAAUUACUUACUAUAAAAAUAAUUCUGAAAAUGGAUUACGACUUAGCACGUAUCGAUUAUACUCUAUGUGGUAUAACAUAUCCAGAUUCCCUGAAAAUACUCCCAGCUACGGAACAUAAAUCACAACAAAAGUUCGUAGUAGGGGACAAAAAUGGAGUAUUGCAAUGCUUGAGUAUAAAAGACGAAGAACCCCUAGUUCAAUUUAAGACUUUGCCAGGAAAAUCAAUUACUUCGGUGCAACUUGCAUCUUCAUCAGGAAACAAUGCUGAAAAAAUUUUCGCAGCCUCAGGAAACGAAGUAAAAGGUUACACUAGAAAAGGUAAGGUAUUUCUUAGCAUCGAAACUUCAGUGGCAGAAACCAUCACAUCCAUGUGCGUAUUCGGUAGUGACUUGGUACUCUGUAGUGGUCGAACAGUCACAUUCUACAGGGAAUUACAAGAAAUAUAUUGUUAUAUGUGCGAUGAUAGAGUUCUUGAUGCCGUUGCAUUUACCACGCCUAAUAAUAUUAAAGUUCGUCUUCUUGUCCUGAUCGCCAACAAAGAAGCAAUAAUAAUUGAAAAUGGAAGUCUGUACAAGCGCACGUACAUAGCUGCUGGGCCGACUCGUAUCACAGUCCCAUCAUGUUUACAUGCUACAGAAAUCUGUGUAUUUUACGGAGGUGCUGAUGGUUCUAUUGGAGUAAUAUUCUAUGAGGAAUCAAUCUUGUCAAGCAAAUGUUUAGUAGAAGGAUGUUGUUUGGGUUCAGUUAUGUGCGUUGGAUGGUUUAACAACAGUUCAGGAACUCAUCUAGCUGUAGGUCGACACGACGGGUCCAUACAACUAUACCUAAUCAAUACGGAAAAUUUGAAAGAGAAACCUCGUUUGAAGUUCACUUAUUUUUGCGGUGAGCCAGUUACGUCUGUGUAUGGAGGUUGCAUAGGUACAGAAGAGCCCGAGUUGUUAGCAACAACUUUUUCUGGAAGAAUUUUUGGUUUGCGAUCACGUAGACUUGUUUCAGGAAAUGUUCCUACAAGUAAUACUAAAACAGUGGAUGCUUUUGUUACGCGACGCUCCAAACUUGAGAACGAAGUAGCAAGGUUAGAGAAACAAGUUGCAAAUGAACGGGAUAAAUAUCAGCGGAAUACUCGAUCUAUAUAUCCGGGAAUAUCAGCACCGCCUCUGCUGGAUAUUCAAUACGAGCUUUCAGGAGCAACGAGUAACAGUUGGCAAGAAGUGAAAAUUAUUUCAGCGGUUGCUCUGGAUAUGUUGUUUAUUUAUUGCGAAAACAAACUUGACUUGCAGACAGACAGUGCUGCCGUUCUUAGUUUGUGUUCAGCUCAGGAAGCGACGCAUCCAGAACUUCUUGCAACAGUUAGAUGUCAAGCAGGAACUAGGCGGCUCUGGUUGCGUAUGCGCACAGUGUCUUCUGCCGAGACACAGGUCGAAGGCACUCGGGUUCUCAUUUAUGUGUUACCGGCUGGCGCCCCAAGAGUAGCACGAUUAAUCAAAUUACAUUUACCUACUUUGCCACAUUAUUCUAAAUAUGAGCCAAUAGAAGUAGAAGAAAAAAAUAGUUGUUGGUGUGAAUUGCGGGUAUCUGGCGGUUUUUCAGUAGCAGAAAUGACAGCCUGGUUAUCAGAGGCUCUUCCAGGGGAAUUACCGCGACCAGCUAAUAAUGUUGCAUUCGCACGUUCUCAUACGAUUCUUGGAACGUCGUUAAUUUGUCGAUAUCAACGCGGAUUAGCAGUCUUUAAAUCGGAUAACAUAUCUACGAUAGCCGUGCUAAAAGACGUUAUUUCUAACUGUUGCGUAAAACGCAAUAUUAGAGCUGAUAUAUCAUGUGAUAUUCCUGAUGAUUACUGCAUAAUUUCAUUUCAAAAUAUCAAAGAUAAAUUUAAAAUGGAGUAUGAUAAAAACAAGGACAUCGAGAUAAAGAAAGCAAUAAGGUCUUUAGAUUUGAAUGAAAUUUCAAUAAAUGAAGAAACUCAAAAAUUACUAUGCAAGGACUACCUACAAAUAUUUAAAAAAUCAGACGAGGAUGCAGAGACUAAUUUCCACGACUUAAUUGAAGCAGUGAAGAAUUGGUAUUUGGAUUGGUGCAAAUUAUCUUUGAACAUACAAUAUAAUAAUGAUAUUACAAUACUUCAAAAUGCUUUAAAAGAGUGUUUAUUAGAAGAUAUUACGGAAAUUUUAAGUAAACAUUGAAUUUUUUUUAAAUGUAUCAGUUUGUUUUACCUGUCCAAUAUAAUAGAUUUAUUUCAAUAAUAAAUUUGUUUUAUUAAAAGAUUGAUAAUACAAUUUAUCAUAAUCAUUAUCAGCUGAUGAAUGUCCACUAUAACUGCACAUAAGCCUUGACAUUCCUAUGAGAAUAGACAUUAACAAAUAACAUUGCUUUCUAUACUAAAGCCUCGGUUUACCAACAAAAAAAUUAAUUAGAAUUGAAGGUAGAAAACAUAUACUUUAUUGUAACUAAUUUAUUUUAAAUUCUGUAUUGUUUUUUCAUAAAAUGUUAUUCAUAAUAUAUUAACUAUAUCUAAUUGUACUUAUCAAAUUUGUUUUCAUUAAUAUAAGAGCAAGUUAAUUAUAAUUAUUAUUAGGUGUGAAGUGACUAGCGAUUUAUAGUCUCAUCUUAAAUUUGUUUGUUGGUAAACAGUACACAUCAAGUAU